UGGAGGCGCCGCCGCCUCGGGGCUUCUCCGAGGAGCAGUUUCGGGCUGCCUGCCGGGAGCUGGACCAGCCGGCGCCGGUGGCGCCCUGGCAGCUCCUGGUGGAGAGCAUGGGCGUGAGGAUCUACCGGCUAUACGACGAGUUGUAAUUAAAGACCAGGAAAAGAACAGAAAAACGUCUCUUCCGUGGAAGAACAGCUCAGUGGCAAGAGAACGUAAGACUUACAAAUUAUUAGCAGAGCGAGGAAAUUGGUGGUUUGUAUAGUCUCACCUUACAUGACACUUAAUCAAUCAGGACUUUAUGAGUAUAAAAUCUUCGGUGGGCUUGCUGACUGUCCCCCAAAAGUGUGUGCAGAUGUCUAUAUGGAUUUAGAUUUCAGAAAACAAUGGGACCAGUAUGUUAAAGAACUGUAUGAGAAAACUUACAAUGGUGAAAAAGUAAUCUACUGGGAAGUGAAGUACCCUUUUCCUCUCUCAAACAGAGAUUAUGUCUAUAUUCGUGAAUGUCAAGAGAUGGAUUUUGAUGGGCGGAAGAUCUGGGUUGUGUUAGCUCAAAGUGUGUCUGUUCCUCAGUGCCCUGAAAAGCCUGGUAUUAUCAGAGUUAAAAGUUAUAAACAAAGUCUGGCAAUUGAAAGUGAUGGCAAGACUGGAUCUAAAGUCUAUAUGUACUAUUUCGAUAAUCCUGGUGGCAUGAUUCCAUCAUGGCUGGUCAAUUGGGCUGCCAAGAGUGGCGUGCCUGCUUUCUUGAAGGAUAUGCAGAAAGCUUGCUGUAAUUAUUCUAAGAGAACAUAGGUCACAUUUGAUCUGAAUUAUUUAAUUUCUAAAGUUCUGCACUUACAGGAAUAGCUAUUAUACACUGGAUAAAAUCUACCUCUAACACUGGAAAUCAUUUUAUUUUUGUCAGUUUAUGCCUUGAAUCUUGUUAGAGCUUUGUUUCCAUCUCCAAGUGAAGAGCUACCUUCCACCAAGUUAAUAUAACAUCAGCUGCCUCCUCUUCAUAGUAUUAAGUACUUAUUUUUUUUAGUAUUAGUACUUAAAUUUUUUCAUGUCCUCCUUGCUUUGCUUAUGCUGAUUGCCAUAGCUCAGCUAGAGGAGUUUUAUUGAUUAAAAUUACAUCCUCAGGCAAGAGAUGAUCAUUUUUGCUAGGAAAAAUAUCUGAACCUGUACUGAAAAUUUUCUGCAUGUGUUACGCCCAGAUCUGUUUUUGUGGCCUUGCAGGGUAUCUUCGUACUGAAAUUGAAUAAUGGAACUUACAUUGCUUGAGAGGAAACACUUCUGCUACCUGAAUUUAUCAUUCUUAAUGUUGUCUGCCUGCCAUUAACCUAAAAACAAUAGUGUUCAUAGAUGAAUUACUUGAAGUCUGCAGUAGGAACUGGAAUUUUGUCACUCAGCUUCCUUGUGAUGGCUUUAAGUCCAGAUAUAAAAGCACAUGUACCUAAAGCCUUGCAUUCACAUCCCAGUACCCCGAUAUGAAAAGUAUGGAGCAUUAGCUGUGUCUAGCUAGUAAAAAAGGAGGAGUUGGCUUCCAUGGUUAAUUUAAGGGGAACACAUUACAUCUUCAGAGUCAGUAACUUUACUGACUGCUUGGAAAGAACUUUGGACACCAGCUCUAAACUGGAAGUAAUUUUAAACUGGAUGCCUGCAACUGAUUUAGACAUACUUGUUUCCCUGCUUGUGAAUGAACUAGAUACGAAACGUGGGAUUGCUUGCAUUUUUAAAUUUCAUGUUGAUGUAAAGAAUGAAAAUGUUAAUUUUGGAUGGUAAUCCACUAAAAUCACAACUGAGCAGGAAAUUAAAUUUACAGCACCUUUGCAGGGGGAGGGUAGAGUGCAUCAAGGGUGAGAGGGCCUCAGUCUCAGGGAUGUAAAAUAUUCUGCAUCUUUACUAAAUCUGCUCCUGUUUCUGAACAGAUCUUGUAAAGGAGUAGCUUUAUAUUGUUAAAAAAAUAAAAUGGUUGAAGUGAUUGCCUUUAUACCUCAUGUGAAUGUUUCCAAUAAAUCAUUACUCUAUUUGUGAA